CCUCAGCCACCCACCAUGAUAACCAUGUUCCCCUCGCAGGUGCAUCAGAACAACCACCAGGACUCAGAGGCCACCAUCAACUGCCAGAUCAACGUGGAGCUCUAUACCUCCUACGUCUUCCUGUCCAUGUCAUACUAUUUUGACUGUGAUGAUGUGACUUUGAAGAACUUCACCAAAUGCUUUCUUCUCCAAUCUCUUGAGGAGAGGGAACAUGCUGAGAAACUGAUGAAGCUGCAGAACCAACUGGGUGGCGAAAUCUUCUUUCAGCAUAUCAAGAAACCAGACCAUGAUGACUCGGAGAAUGGGCUGCAUGCAAUGGAAUGUGCACUACACUUGGAAAAAAGUGUGAAUCAGUCGCUACUGGAACUGCACAAGCUGGACACUGACAAAAAUGACCACCAUUUGUGUGACUUAAUUGAGACUCAUUACCUGAAGGAGCAGGUGAAAUCCAUCAAAGAAUUAGGUGACCAUGUUAACAACUUGCAUAAGAUGGGGGCCACCAAAUGUGGCAUGGCAAAGUAUUUCUUUGACAAGCACACCCUGGGAAACACUGAUAACAAGAGCUAAGCUCUAGGUUGG